AUGCGCCCGCAACAAGAUCUAUUCCUUAUACAGAAUGACAGAUUCACAAAUGUCGAGUGGGGGUACAUGCGGCGACAACAGUUCAGAGUCCGGUCGCAUCCAUCUCUGAGACCACGACGAGUCGCCUUCGAAUUCGAUCCGUCUUGGAUUAUGGCCUUUGAGCAGAAAUAUGGAAGUGAAAAAUUGGCGACUCUAAUCGAUAAGACUGUGAUUAACCUUACUUUACACGUCGAAACAUUUGGGUGUUUGUGGAUAGUCGAUUACAGCCUGGCCCGUCGAUUUGCUGGUGCACAUGGACUUUAUAAUCCUUUGCAAGGACCUUUGGCAUCCUUCUAUGCCGGUGGAUACAAGCUCGUUCAAGUCGGAAUGCGAUACAACAACAAUAGGGAAAUGGAGUUAUACAUCGAACGUGAAGAUGGAGAACUGCAUCUCAUUACGUCUAUCUAUUUGCUCAAUGACGUGUUCAGUUCGUUGAUUGCGCGUGGAUCAUAUGCAAUCAACAGAGAUCGUAGAGAUUUGUUCAAAAGAAUGAAGCUUAUGGCGCUGGAAGAGUCAUGA